AUGAAGGUGUUCGUGAACUCCGCCAGCGGAGAUGUUGUGACUCUCAACGUUACCCCCAAGACCACCAUCGCCGACAUCAAGGUAAGCGUUGCAUCAGUUUGUCUUUUUUGAUUUUGAAUUUUGAGCAUGGUUGCAAAACUUACUUUUAAUAAUUCAGGCCGAUUUGGAAUGUGUCGACUCCGUUUUGACUCUUGGACCUAAGAUUUUGGACAACGAAUCCGCCACCUUGGAAGAGUUGGAAGUUGCUGAACUUAGCACCCUCAACUGCAGUGCUCGUUUGCUCGGAGGUAAGUGUUUACAAUUUCAUUUAUUUGGCAUUUAGAGGGGAACCGAUAGGCGACGCGCAUUUCUCGUUCACUUUUGAUAUAGAGUACAAUGAGUAUUUUUAACGAAUAGACGACGUUUUGCAAGAGUAAAAAUAUUGUAAUCUUUGGCUUGCUGAAUGUUUUUCUUUUCAGGUAAGGUUCACGGUUCCCUCGCUCGUGCCGGUAAAGUUCGUGCCCAAACCCCCAAAGUCGAGAAGCAGGAGAAGAGGAAGAAGAAGCGUGGACGUGCCUGGAGACGUCAGCAAUACAACAAACGAUUCGUUAACCAAGCCGUUCAAGGACCCGGCCGCAAGCGUGGACCCAACUCCAACACCGCUUAA